AUGGGGUGAUUAAUGUUUACGACGAACAUGAAGACAGUGUAUACGCAUUGGACUGGUCAUCAGCGGAUCCCUGGACUUUUGCUAGUUUGAGUUACGAUGGCCGUCUGCACUUACCAACAGUGUGAGGUGCCAAGUUUAUUUUAAAUCGGCAUGGAUGCGGUGCAGCGGAUCAGCUGGGUUUUUGGAUUUUUGUUGACGGCAUCGUUGACGUUAUGUCGUCUUCCUACCGAUGAUAUUACUCCGAAUUAUCCUAUACCGGGCUAUCCGUACGUCUUAAACGUCACAAUCCUUAUUACACUUACAGUUGGCGGGGCACUGCCGACAGACCUGGAAAGCGGAGCGGCGCUGGAAAUGGCCAUUCGGGAAGCGCGAAAGAAUAUUGUUCCCAAUGUAAACCUUCACUAUCAGAUUAUUACACUGACAGGAAUGGUUGGCUGUCCUGACGAAGAGAACCAUGCAACGUAUCUUAUUACGAACUACGCUUUCGAAAAAGUCUCAGAUAGUGGAGCGCCUCCCGUGGGAUUGCUUUUAGGACCGGCAUGUACCGAUAUGGAUCUUCCAUUAAUCAAUUCGCAAGCUACUUCCGAUUACUUUGAUGACCGGGUUGUUUUUAAAACCCUGACCCGCUUGGCGUACACAAUGAUCACUCUAGAUGAAUUUUCGUUGCGCGUUAUGGAUGCAUUAAAUUACACCAAUGACGCCAUUAUUUAUGAUGAAGUGAUGCCCUGGUCACAGGUCACUGGUCAAGUUUAUCAACGUGCACUGUACUACCGAGCACCACCGGCUCCUCACAUGAAUUCGCGAGCUUUUCCGUACAAGCCUGCGGAUUUUUCGAAUUUCUGAUGUGACUUUGGUUUAUACGAAUGCAUUUCGCGUAUAGUUAUCAUGGUUCUGGCCCCCGCACUCGUGGUUCGACAGUGGAUGUUGUUCAUUACCUAUGAAUGGUUUCGCAGUCCUUAUUUCGGCGAAUAUACUUGGCAGUAUUACGACAACCGCGACGCGGAUGCCCGAGCGGCGUACCGUGUAUUAUUAAAAAUCACUUCGACCGAAUACUGGACGGAUCCGGUAUUCAUGAAAUGGUCGGACGAGGUCAAACGGCUAGCUGAAGAGCGAUUUGGAUACACCUAUGGCCCUAAUGAAACCGUUGCUCCCUCGGUAACCGGCAUGCACGAUGGGAUAAUACUAUAUGCAACCGCUCUGAAUGAAACCCUAGCUGCCGGUCAGGACCCCUUCAACGGGACGCUCCUGACCAAACGGAUGUGGGGGAAAACCAUUCCCAGUCCCGAAGGAAAGCUCAAAGUGCGCUCUAUUGGCGUUAAAGAUCAGAGCUUCAGUCUUCGUCGAGUGGACGAUGUUACGGGCAACUGGAUUACGGUAAUGGAUUACGACGGGGUAACAGGGAUAUUUCGCCCUAAUGUGCGACCCAUCAAAUGGGUAAAUGACAAACCGCUUCCGCCCAAUGAGCCGGAAUGUGGAUUCCGAAAUGACAAGCCGGAAUGUCUUCUACGCGCCAGUCGUAUGACGACGGUAAUUAUUGCGGUCGUCGGAGCCGGUGUUCUUGUGCUGAUCAUCGUUUGCGUCAUAAUUUUCAUUAUCAGCAGGAAGAGGAAGUUUGAGGCAGCACUCCAGGAUGACUGGUGGAAAGUAUCGCAUCAGCACGUCAAAAUGCGCAUGAAAGGCGAGGGAUCGUCAGUUUCCAUUGCAUCGCGCGCCAGUGCCAAGCCAACUUCAAUGAUGUCCCAUGAUAGUGACAAUGAACCGAAAACGUUACAAGUCGGGCGGUACCAAGGGAAGCUGGUGUUUGUAAAGCCCGUGGGCGCUCGAAUAGUUGUUAACCGCGACUAUCUCGUGUGGGUCAAUAAGCUUCGGGGAUUGAAUCACGAUAAUCUGAAUCGGUUGGUGGGUGUCUGCACGGAUUUUGACCAUGAAGCAAUUCUGACGGAAUACUGCGUUAAGAGCAGCCUUUCUGAUUUGGUGCAAAACGAUUCCGUCAAUUUGGACUGGUCAUUCAAAUUUUCCUUGAUUUCCGAUAUGGUUACCGGAAUGGAAUUUUUACACUCAUCUUUUGUGCACUCCUUUGGCUAUCUACACAGUUCGAAUUGUGUAAUCGAUGGUCGUUUUGUCCUGAAGAUUACCGACUUCCAUCUGCCAAUGCUACGACCAAAAAAUUAUGCAUUAAAUUCGUAUCCAUCAGGGGAAGAUAUUAAUUACAAAGCCCUGUUAUGGCGUGCACCGGAACAUCUUCGCUCGCCUAUGCUGCCUGCCGGAACGCAGAAGGGUGAUGUCUACAGUGCCGGGAUUAUCCUUCAGGAGAUAGCGGCGCGAAGUGAUCCAUACUUUGACUCGGAAAGCACCAUGACCUAUGAGGAAAUUAUUAACCGAGUAGCUGCCAUAGAAAAACCGCCAUUUCGGCCGAAAAUUGUCGCAGAAGGUGUACCGCGGGAAAUUCUUCAAAUUUCCGAAUGGUGUUGGAAAGAAAUUCCUGAAGAGCGUCCAACAUUUCAUGGCAUUCGAUUGGCUCUAAAAGCCAGUAAGUACAUGAAGGAAGGUAACAUUAUGGAUAAUCUCCUGAGACGGAUGGAGAAAUACGCACAAGACCUGGAAGCACUUGUGGCUGAGCGCACCAGCGAGUUUUUUGAAGAGAAACGCAAAGCGGAAGAAUUGCUGUAUCAAGUCAUGCCUAAAGCGAUUGCAGAUGUUUUAAAAGUCGGCGGUUACUUUCCACCGGAAGCCUUCGAAAGUGUGACGAUUUAUUUCAGCGAUAUUGUUGGAUUUAUUACACUGUCAUCACAAAGCACGCCGUUUGAGCUUGUGGCAUUUUUGAAUGACGUGUAUACUCUUUUUGAUGAGUUAAUUGGCCUUUUCGAUGCAUACAAAGUGGAAACUAUUUCCGAUACGUACAUGGUGGCUAGUGGACUUCCUAUUAGAAAUGGCUCUCGGCAUGCAUCGGAGAUUUGCAAAAUGGCGCUGAAGUUUUUAGAGGAGGCGGUGAGUUUCCGUAUACAGCAUCGACCGGACAUGAAGUUAAAGCUGCGCAUUGGGAUCAAUUCGGGGCCUUGUGCUGCUGGGGUCGUGGGAUUAAAGAUGCCCAGAUAUUGCUUAUUUGGUGAUACAGUAAAUACGGCAUCCAGAAUGGAAUCUACGGGAGAAGGAUUGAAGGUUCAAAUUAGUGACACGACCAAGGCCCUGCUGGAUCAGUUCGACGGUUUCGAGACCGAAAUGCGCGGAGAAAUCGAAGUUAAGGGAAAAGGAAAGCACACAACAUAUUGGUUGCUCCGCUACACUGGACCUCCCGUGAGACGACGCACAUCCACCAUCGCGUCUGACCAUUCAAUCCGAAAGACAGUGGGCAGCUUAAAAAAAGAAGGCUCUCAUAAUUUAACCGCUAACCACUUUUGAACGUGGCAUUUCAAACUUGAUACGUAUUGAUAAUUUUUACUAUAACAAUAAGACCGUUUUGUUAGUAAAUUUAAGUGUUGUCCCCCCUGUAAAUGGCAACUCAGAUACAAUAAUGGACAAUAUUGUUUACUUGUUGAGUUUGAAUAGUGUUUUCGUUCCUAAAAUUUAACUGCAGAGUGAACAAAUGUAAAAAGAUUUCCAUGAAAUUUUGAUUUGAGUGAAAUUGUCACAAAAAUGUGCUAAAUUACCGGUAAAUACUUGUCAGCUUGUACUCGUAUGGGAAAUUGUCAGAUGCGACAAAAUCAGUUAUGAAAUAACAUGUGUCAGGUA